CCCCUCCAGCGCGCGCCCCGCGCCCGGGACUAGGCUGGAGUCGCGCGUGCCGCUCGCAGAGAGGCAGCUGGGUGUCCAGAGCCGUGGCCGCAGCGCGCAGCUGGCAGAGAGUCUCUCCUGGCCACGCACUUGCCUCCUCUGGGGCCUCCAGGAGUCUCUUGGCGCUCACUUUGCCAGCCCGGCCCCAGCAGGCGCCACCGGCCUCGGCCUGGGCUGCAUUUGCUGCUACUCGCUGUGCCCCGGACAGAGGGACGCCCGCCCCGUCACGUGUGUCCAAGUCCUCCGCCAGCCGGGGCAGCGUGGUUCCCAUGGUUCAAGGCUGUUGAUGGAGAAGUGGGCGGAUGACAGCCGGGACUGUGGUCAUCACUGGGGGCAUCUUGGCAACUGUGAUUCUGCUCUGUAUCAUCGCUGUUCUGUGCUACUGUCGGCUUCAGUAUUACUGCUGCAAGAAGGACGAAUCCGAGGAGGACGAGGAGGAACCCGACUUCGCUGUGCAUUCCCACCUGCCGCCCCUGCAUUCCAACCGCAACCUCGUGUUGACCAACGGGCCUGCUCUCUACCCAGCUGCCACCACCUCUUUCAGCCAAAAGUCCCCGCAGGCCCGGGCCCUCUGCCGCAGCUGCUCCCACUACGAGCCGCCCACCUUCUUCCUGCAGGAGCCAGAGGACGAAGACUUUGAGGGUGUGCGCAACGGCGGGGGGCGUGUGGCCUACAAAAGCAUCAGCCAGGAAGAUGUGGAGCUGCCCUCUGCAAGCUUCGGAGGCCUGCAGGCGCUCAACCCCAACCGCCUCUCUGCCAUGCGGGAGGCCUUUUCCCGAAGCCGCAGUGUAAGCACUGACGUGUGACAGGCCUCUAUCCUGCCGAGGCGCCCAGCCCUGGGUCCUGAGGUCAUGACAGGAUACCCACGGCACACCCUGGCCCCAACUCCAGACCUCUGCUCAGUCAGUCUUCCCCGUAUCCUUGUCCUAGGGGCUCCUGGAAUGAGGAACCCCUGGGCCCUCUACAAGGAUAAAGCCCAGUGAACCAGAUGUGGCAGCUGUGAGUAGGGACAGCUGGCACAAGAAGGGCAGCAGGGGACAGGAGGGUAAGGUAAGGCUGUGUUGGGGCCCAGGGGCCAGGUCCUAUUUCCAGGAAGUGAGAAGAUGGAUAAUGUCAACCCUAGCAACUUGCCUGUCUCUGGCUUCAUGGUCCUCCCUGUCAGUUCCUCACCAGGCCUUGGGCUUCCUCCUGCUUAAGGAAGCAGUGGCCUUGCUGGUUGCCCAUGGCCCUACAAGCAUGAACCUUCCCUAGAGACUAUGGACCAAAUAAAUAUUCUGUCCCUUCACCCUGUCUCCGCUUUCCCAUCCUUCUCUCUGUUCUCUCUUCACUCCUUCCCCCAGCCUCUGUCUUUCCCAUCCUUCUCUCCGUUCUCUUCACUCCUUCCCCCAGCCUCUGUCUUUCCCAUCCUUCUCUCCGUUCUCUUCACUCCUUCCCCCAGCCUCUGUCUUUCCCAUCCUUCUCUCCGUUCUCUCUUCACUCCUUCCCCCAGCCUCUGUCUUUCCCAUCCUUCUCUCCGUUCUCUCUUCACUCCUUCCCCCAGCCUCUUUCUCAUCCUUCUCUCCGUUCUCUCUUCACUCCUUCCCCCAGCCUCUGUCUUUCCCAUCCUUCUCUCCGUUCUCUCUUCACUCCUUCCCCCAGCCUCUGUCUUUCCCAUCCUUCUCUCCUUCCCCCAGCCUCUCUGUCUCACGCUCCUGAACCUCGAUGCCAAGCACCUGACACAAGCUUGAGAUGCCCGUUGCUCUGGCCUCCUCCAAGAUGGGCAAAUCUCCCUGUAAGCAGGGAGAGCUUAGGAGUCAUCAGUGUGGACACUUGCUCUGCCCAAUCUGCUUUUUGCUGAAAGAAGAGGCAUAGGCACAGACACCCCUGCUCCGGGAGGGAUGACACUAAAAUGUACACAUCCGGCACUUAGCCCUACACCCAGACAAGUGAGAGACACAUCCAGCUAGGUUGUGGAAGCACUGGAGGUGGCCCAGCUAUGCACUAGAGGUCUCAGGUGUCGACUUGCUGUGACUCUUAGGCAAGCCAUCCUAUUCAUGGGCUUGCCUCCCCAUGCAUGUACUUUGGGGGGAUGGGGAGACUGGCUGCAGAAAGCCCUUUGAACCCUGGUCCUCAGUUGGUACUGAGGUCCUUAGGGGAAGCUGAGCUAUAGACCACCCACUUCCUGUUUAAUGCUCAGAAUGAGGCACCCCAGGUCCAGACAGCCAGAGCUUGCUGCCCCUGUAUGAAAGUCCUGUCUCUACCCAAGCUGCUCCAAGCCUUCAACUGUCUGAGAAAUCCGUGUCAGGUGACCAAGAUGCUCUAAGCCCAGGGCCCUAGCCAUCAGGAACGUAGUUCUCCUGCUCUGAAAAGAGACACCAUUCUUGGCAGCAUAGCCUCAAUUUCCUUUCUGCUCAGGCCCUGCCAUGGCGCUCCAGACAGUAGCAAGUGUCCCCAUGAAGGUGCCUUCCUGUAGGACAGUGGCCACCCCUGAGCCAGAGACCUCCACACUUAUUACAGGCAGCUGAACCAUGCCAGUGAGGAUCUACUGUCUUUGGCAUCCUGAAUUCCUUCUCCUUUUCUUUUUCCUUCCUCAGUUUGGUCUUGCUAGUGGAAUCCACCUUAGAAUCACAGACAGUCCUAGCCUACUUUUCCCCCCUCUAUGUCCUUUGUCCCAUUCCAUCCUGUGGCAUCUGUCCUUUGCAUUGCUUGGGGUAUGGGUGAGGUAGGGAGGGGUGCUCUGGGCUGUUCUGUCUUUGCCUCCUAUCUCUCCCCCUUUUUUUAAACCUCCACCAUCUCUGUAUAGAUCCAUAAACAUCUUCAAAGUGAAUUAAGCAUCUGUCCCUGCCACUCAACACCACCAUGGGACUUGCCAGGGACCCACACAGCACCCUGAAAAAGCAAAAGCCAAUAAAUUUGUUUCCCACAGCA